GUCGGACUGGCUGUGCGCGUUGCUAUGUGUGAUCGCCUCAUCGUGCUGCUGCGGCUGCCGUAGUCUCGUUCUGUUACUAACCCGGAGAGGAACGCAUAGGUUGCGGGGUAGCGGGCACAGGUUGCGGGGUACCGGGCAGAGGCCAUCGUAAGCUGCUGGUAGCAUACAGAGAGGCCGGUAAGCCUAUAGGUCUCUGCGCUGCAGUCACUGUGAUGCGAUUAUCAAAAAAAAAAAAUCGGCCAUUAACGAAGUGCGUGAUCAGUUCUCUCUUGUGGGUUUAGUGGGCCGAUUUUAAUCUUUAUACAUUUUAAAAGCACUAUGCAGCCUGCUAUUCACUGAUCCAAGGCAAUGCAGCAGCACUCACAUCAGGACAAAACAUGCUGGCCAGGAAUGGGAUGAGAAGCUCGGCCCUAGCUCGGGCACAGGCACAUCUUUCUGGUCAGAGAGUGCCUAUAAAACAAAAAGACACUGCAGAUGAGUUACAGGAAUACAUGCAUACCCUUAACAAGAAGACGAGUGCCUUAAGGCACUCUGAGCAAUCCUUUGCUGACUUGAGCGACCUGUCAGUUGACGAACAUGAGGGUGAGAAGUACAAAGCUACCUCAGGUCCUCAACAGACAUCUGAAACAAAGAGUCGGUUCUUAAAGAAGAAGAGUCCAUCGGGUGAACAUCUAAAGGGCAAUGCUGCCAGUGCCAAUGAGAUGACAAAACAUGCUCAUCCGCAUCCUGUCCAAUCAAAGUUGCCAACCAGUGCAGCUUUGAAAAGACUGGCAGAGUUUGAGAACAGACAUCGGUUAAGAAAACUGGAAAUGGACAUCUCUGAGAAUGACUCUGACCUGAGAACAUCUGAAGAAAGACCUUUCUCCAACAGGUCAAGUAGUGACUUUAGUGUGCGAGAAAACAGGUUCUUAAAGAAAAAAGUUUACAUAAAGGAGCCAGUGCCCAGGAAGCAGGAGCAGGACACACGGCAUGCUGUCCGUAGCAAACCCGAGAGUAAGAGAGGAACUAUGGAGAGUGAAGAAGAAGAAAUGCUUCAUCUUGUUGGCAGCUCAUUGGAGAUGUCAGAAAAUGGCGAUAGGUGGUGGAAGAAGCCGGAACCACCUAGAACACCAUCACCUCCCAGCAAAUCAACUCCUCGCAGAAAACUGCGUCAUAGCCCCUCAGCUCUAGGAUUCUUCUCUCCCCGUCGCCCCCCUUCCCGCUUGCCUUCUAGAACACCCUCACCCCCUAGUCAUGGAACUCCUAGAUUCCACAGGAGGACACUCUCUUUAACUCGAUUUGGUUCUCGAUCUCCUUCACCAUCUGUAAGAAGCUCAUUGAGCAGCCCCUCUCCCAGGUUAAGACUGGGGAGACGCAGUCGAACUUCUAUGUCCCAGAGGAGUGAUCUCAAAUCUCUGGAUGAGCUGUUCUCCAGAGCAGAAGAUAUGAGCAGUGCAAGUUCCAAUGACUUUAAGCUGAAUAUCUUAAGUUUGGACGAACUGGCACUUCCAGCAGAUACCGAAGAUCUGGAAGAAAAGCAGACUUCUAAUCACAAAGCUAUGACUGUCAAUCAGCUCUCUGCUACCAGAGGCCAUGAACUCUCACACAAGAAAGGUAAUAGGUUACCCAAGAAGCCGAGCUCCACCUCAGAAGAGGAUUCUGCUUCAGAAAUACAGUCUGAGACCAACAAGGAUUCAGACUCGUCAGAGCAUCACCAUGAAGACCGUUCAAGUUCUUCCGAGUCCUAUUUUCAAGAGCGGCCUGUAGAAACGGACAUACAGUCUGCAUACUCUGAGGAUUUUGAAGAUUCUGUGCUCUCUGAGACAGAACAGAGUUCAAAGUCCAGUUCUUACUCUAAAUCUCUUUCAUCAAAAGAAUACAGCUUUCCCUCCAGCCAUUCUAGCACUCAUCCCACUAAGCCGAGAGAGAGCAAGAAAUGGGCAGGAAAGGGGCAGAGUGUGGCAGUAAAGGAAAUUGCUGUGCAGACCAGUGAUUCUGGAUUCAUGUAUCACUGGCCACAAGAACACACUACCAACCCCAUCGUCAUGGAGCCAGUGUCGAUGGUCAGUCAUGUGGUGAGCCAUGAGCUAAUUGAAGCUCUGACCACAUACAGUCCUAUGGCUCUGGCACUGAAUGACAUGUUAAAGCAGCAGCUUCUCCUCACUCAGACAUUUGCAGACAUGGCUAGACAGUUCCACUUCUCCACGGUUCAGUCUCUAGAGAGUGAUCUGUAUAACUAUACCACACUGGAGGAGACUAAGAAGUACAUUACACAGCAGAAGUUUUUGAAAUGGAAUCCUGGUCUGAGAGGGGAAGAGAGCAGACUGCAUUCUUUACCAGCAGCUUAGAAGCAAGAACACGUUAAAGCUAGCUAAUUCAGCUCCAGUCAUUAAGUGAAUAAAUGAAAAGAUUAAUUUUUACUGAUUGUAAUUUGUAUCUGGUUUCCAUCUUCUGCAUUGACAGUAGCAGAACUUAAUUAAAUAUUUGUAUUUUUAUAAAA